GCGCGUGUGCGUGUGUCCAGAUUGUAUUGCUAACAUGUCAUGACAUGUUUACGGACAUUAAGUAUACACAAGACACACACGUGAGACAGGAAGAGUUUGUGUUGCUAUUUUGUUGUUCAUGAUGAUGAUUGUGUAGUUGUGGGAUUGUUGCGCAGCUUUUACUCCUUGGCCUUUUGUGUCAUUUUGUGCUCGACGCCUCACCUCAGUGUUGAUGCAAGAGGAGAUUGUUGAAGCCACUAAAAGCCUUUUAAGUCUUCAAAUGUGUGGGAUUGUGCGCAUUUGUGCAUGGGAGGGUGUGUGGCCCGUGUGACUGUAUAAAGUGUAUGUGUGUGCGUGUAUAUGUAUAAGUUUGUGUGUGGGAGUAUAUGUGGAUGUUGUGUCGGUGUGAAAGUUUGUGUCCGGAGGUCUUCGUGUGUGUUUGCUGGGAAUGGAGGUUUUGUGGCGCGUUUGUGUGGAGAUUGUGUGUCUGCGCGAAUGCGUGCGGUGGGGCGGCCGCGCGUUUGUGUUGGUCACGUGGCAUGCGAGCAUUUGUCCGUUUGGUCUCCGGGUGACGCCGUGUCAGCAUGCUCGCAACUGCGGUCAUGCGGCCACAAGGCGGCGCCACUGACCACUGAGGCUUGUCAAAUAGAAGACGCGUGACUUGAGGGCCCGAGUAGCGCCGCCCACUAGCGCCAGGAUGACGCACUUGAGUCGGCACUCGCGACGCUUAACUAAGCCUGGGAGCAGAGAAGACCACCCCGCCGACGAGAGGAGAUCGGGUCCCGCUCCUUCACGGGCUCGCAGUGCGGCGCCCCCUGCAGCUCGCAAUGAGGACAAGGACCGCAAACGUACCGCGGGUCCGGCCGGGUCGAACCGGGUUGCGGAAAUUCACCCGUCGAGAAAAUCCGAGGACCACCGAGCGUCGGCGAGGAACGCGACGGACGCCGGCUCUCCUCUGCUGGCGGCGCAACGGAUGCUGCGCCGCCGCCCCGCCUUUCGAACGCAGCCCGUUGCCACGGAAGCAAAAUCGCAGCCUGCCGCGCAGAGCUCCCCCGUUCCCAUGGAAACGGAGUACCGCCGCAGCUUCCAGGGGGCGUCGCCGUCUCGUGGCCCCCGCCUGCGGAAACAUCUGGAACGCCGCCAGAGGCUUCCCGCCUUCCACACGCGCUCCAAAAGUCAGAAGUUGAGGGAGGAGUCCGAGAAGAUCUCCCACCCACAAGGUGCCGGCCCCGCCCACCCGAGGGAAGACGCGCCCCCUCCGCAGGUCCCGCGACGACACAGGAAGCUGGUGACGGAAUACCAAGCCAACUUUCCCGGUCCGCGACGAGAAGCGGCGGGCGCUCCCCCUCAGGUGGCGCUGUUGCGGCAGAAGGCCUCGUGGUAUCGGCGGCGGGCGUGGGGGACCAACUUCUGCAGGCGGCACCUGAGCCAGCUCAAGUCCCGGCACAACGUCCUGUGGGAGCCCGACGGCGGCGACCCGGACGCCGGGUCUCCGCCCUCCGUGGAGGCUCUGGACCUGGCCAGGUGA